AUGGAUAAACGUAGUAAGAAAGGGCCAAUCUAUAAAGAUGAUAUUCCCUAUGAUUACAUCGUAAUUAUCGAUGCUGGAUCCAAGGGAUCUCGUGUCUUUGUCUAUAAUUGGCUCAAUCCUGCUGUCAGCUUGGAAAAAGGUUAUAACAUGGCCCAUCCAGUGAUUAGAAGUCUCGGUGAAGAAACUGAUUCAGAUUCCGAUGAUGAUGAUAACACUCAAUCUGAAGAAUCCACGGAUAUCCAAGUACCUAGAAUUAAUACCAAGAAGAAAUGGAAAACCAAAAUCAAACCUGGAAUAUCGACGUUUGCUCAAAGUCCUCAGAAAAUAGGAAAGCACCAUUUGAAAUAUUUACUUAAAUUAGCAGAGAAGGUUGUACCUGAAUCCCAACAUUCUAGAACUCCUAUAUUUCUUCAUUCCACUGCUGGAAUGAGAUUAUUGACUCCUUCCCAACAACAAACGGUUUUAGAUGAAGUGUGUGAAUAUUUCACUACUAAAUCGAAAUUCUACUUACCUGAUUGUUCUUCUCAUAUAAAUGUCAUUGAAGGUGAUAUAGAAGGUUUAUAUGGAUGGUUAUCUUCAAAUUAUCUUAUGGGAAGUUUCGAUCAUCCUCAAAGUCAUCAACAUGGAAAAGGUCACACUACCUAUGGUUUAUUAGAUAUGGGAGGUGCCUCAACUCAAGUGGUUUUCCAACCCAACACCACCGAAACUGAAGAACAUAAAAAUAAUCUUUAUAAAUUUGAUCUCUUCAAAUUACCAAUAAUGGAAGAUGGGAAAUUCAAAAAUCCUGAAAAUUUACAGUUCGAUGUCUAUUCUGACUCCUAUCUUGGUUUAGGAAUGACACAAGCUUAUGAAAAGUAUCUUAAAUCAUUAACUGAAAACUCGUCGCAGGAAGGGUCAAAUUUUCUUUCUUAUAAACCACCGAUCAAUGAUCCUUGUUUGCCCAAAGGAUACACAACAUCAAGAACAGUGGAUGACGAGAAUUACGAUUUCACAGGUGAUUCUGAUUUUCAAAAAUGUUUACUUUCAAUUUUCCCGGUUUUAUCAAAAGGAGCGUAUGGUCAUUCUGAUAAACCGUCAGGUAAUUGUCAACAAUACGAUGAUCAAGCAGAUGUUAGUUCAUGUCUAUUGAAUGAUCUCAUUCCGGCAUUUGAUUUCGAUAUCAAUUACUUUUUGGGUGUCAGUGGCUAUUGGUACGCUACAAGUAAGCUUAUGGAUUAUAAUGAGAAGCGAGACGGCAAAAAUGUUCAUAAUCCUGAUAAGUUUCUCGGGGGUGCUAAUGGGAAGGGAGGUGAUGAAGGUGUGAAAGGCGAUGAAGAGAAAGAAGAUGAAGGAAAAGAUGAUCAAGGAAAAGAUGAUGAAGGAAAAGAUGAUGAAGGGAAAGAUGAUGAAGGGAAAGACGAUCAAGGAAAAGACCACGCAGAAAAAGGUAAAGGUAAUGGUAAAGAUAAAGGUAAGAACGAAACCUAUGAUUAUAAAGUUAUCUAUGAUAACACCUCCAAAUUAUGCUCGAAAUCAUAUGCUGAAUUAAUGAAACUCAAUGAAAUGAAGUCUUCUGAUGAUCAAUUACAUCUGGAUGAAUUAGCAAGUCUUUGUUUCAAAUCUACAUGGAUCUUAAAUUUCCUCCAUGUGGGUUUAGGUUUCCCUAGAUUCGGAAUAGACGAAGUUAAAUCCACUAAAUUCAAAUCCUUGGAAUUCGUUGAUAAAAUCAAUGGACAAGAAUUUUCAUGGACUUUGGGAAGAGCUUUAUUAUAUGCAAAUGACGAGUAUAUCCAAGCUUAUAGCAAUUUUACCCAACAAGAAAUAAAAAGGUCAGGCUUCACUUACUCAGCUUCACCUAAUUUGUUCCAUUAUGGAAGUGAACAAAAUGGGGUUGCUCCACGACCUGUAUUCAAUAGGGAUGCGGCUGGAAAUGAAAAGCUUGAUGUUGACACAGAUGAUGAUGAAAGCCAUGCUGAGCUGAAAUGGUAUAUUCAGCCUCAUAGGUGGUACGGUGUUGGAUUCUUAGGGGUCCUUUUACUUUUGAUAUUCUGGUUAUUAAUUGGUAAACAACGUAGGACUAGAAUUACCAACACUAUAGCCACUAAAAUAAGGUCUUUAAAAAAUUUCAGAUCAGUCACUUAUACCAAGGUAAGAGAAGAUUUAGAGUUAAAUGAUUUGGGUCCCAGUAGUGACAAUUUCGUUAUCUCCUAUGACGAGGGCGAUAAAAGUUCAAAUGUAUAA